UACUGCUACUUUUGUUCUCUUCCGCUGACUCCCACAGAGAAGACGACGACCCUCCUCCAUUAAAGAUCGGUCCUUUUGGCUCUAUUCCACUCUCACCAACGCAAACCACCCCUUUCGAGCCCUAAUUUACUCUCAGAGGAACAAUGUUGUAGGUGAUCGUAACAAAUUGGGCUUUCUUAUCAACAAAACAAACUUCGAGUCUGGCAUAGAUAACUGUCAAUUUGCCUUCAUGAUUUUUAAUAGUUUCUCUUGUAGAAGCUGCUGGUCUGUUUUGCUUUCCUCAGAUUUGUUGUGUACCAUAUAAAAUAUCUAAGACGGGUGCUCUUUGUUGUGUGGCCAGUGGGCCACAUGGACCUAAAUCUAAUUCCUCUAGAAGAGCGUGUUCCAUGGAUCCAAGUGAUCCUCAAUGGCGAACCAAUUCAAGCUACUCACCUCAUUUAUCAAGAAGAUGGGACUGCAGUUCUCAGUCAGAUGAACUUUCCAACAGAGUCCAUGAAAUUCCUUUAACGGGAUGUUCAUUCCCUUUACAUAGUAAAAGUGGAAGACAAACUGGUGACCUAAAUCAUCACCAUUCUGUGUCAGAUGGGGCUGUAUCUUAUACAGGGAGCCCAUCUGACAACCUCCAAGCGCGCCCCUGGACACCAUGUACACAUAGAUAUGAUCUUGGGGAACUCUCUACACUUACUAGAGAUGCGAGGCCUGAAGCUUCUGUAUUCUCUAAGGGAAGUGAGGGAUCCGUCUCUGUGGUAAACAGUAUUGGUUCUCCUUUUUCACCAUUAGAAUCUAGUAGAUGGCCAUCCACUAGCAAGCAGCCCCGUCAACUUUCAAACAGGCGCUCAUUCAUUUCGAAACCCAUCUAUCCACUUAUUUUCCAGAAUCCUGUUUCAGAUGCGGAUAUUUCUGGAAUAGCCGAAGAAAGCCCUAGUGGUGCAAAAAUGCCUCAGGAAGAUAAUGUGACUUCUCCCUUGUGGACUGAGAGAACAUUGAGUCCUGAGCUUAAGUUCCACAGAGCCCUAACUGAACUCCGGAAGAUGGAAACUUCUCCAGAUCUCAGCAUGAGUUCAAGGAGGGAAGGAUUUAGAUGGAGUAAUGCAAGUAGCUACGAUUUUAGGUUUGAUGGAGAUUCUGCAGAAAUCAGAGACAAUAUCGAUGUAGAGAACCAGAGAUGCCCCAUUAACACAGCAGCAUACCAGAAAUGUGAACUUUGCAAGAGGUCAUUGCACCAGAAGUCUCCUUGGAGUUCUAACCGGAUCAUUAGAAGUGGUGAUAUGCCCGUCACUGGCAUACUCCCAUGCCACCAUGUUUUCCAUGCAGAUUGUUUGGAAGAGAUCACUCCAAAGAGUCAAAUCCAUGAACCGUCCUGCCCAGUGUGUCUGAAAGCCAUUGGACAAGAAAAACCAACAUCAUUCUCAGAACCUCUCCAUGUGGCCCUAAAGUCUGCUAGCAAUGAUCAAGGCAUGGGAGUAUCCAGCGGAGCAGGUACCAGCAGUAACCUGAUCUCACAUCAGAUUGAGGAGGAAAUGAAACGAAUCAACUCACUUGCCAUGCCUCAACAUAGGGCCUCAUCUAUGAAGAACCGCAUCAAAAAGCAUUUUUCUUUCAAGAGCAAGACAGAAAAGGUACUCCCAGGGGCCAAGAUGUUUAGGAGAGGCAAUUGACAUUAUCACUCAGAAAAUUAUGAGAACACAUACUGCAAUAUCGAUCAUGGAUUUCCAGGUUGGUGUCCCCUACUGCAUGCUCCACCUUGUUGUCCCUGCCCAUUAUGAGGGUUAUACUUUCAGUUUCUGAAAAAUUAGGAAUAUUAUUACAAAGAACAAAAUAGGCCAUGCCACCUUUAAAUAUGCUGGCACUGCAAUGGAUAAUUUUUUGUACUUAUAGUUCAAUCUUGAAUACCUCCGCUGAUAUAAUGUUAUGUGACCUUAAUUUGUUGUAUUAUCUGAAUAAUUACACGAACCAGAAAAAAGUGGUAGAUAUAUUUGAAUUUGACA